AUGAGUUUACAAGGUUGUUUUACCUUCUUUCUCCUCACAUUUGCAUAUGGGACCUGUGAAGAAGAUUUUAUUCAUCAGCAGCCACUGGUAGUUGCUGAACUUGGAAGCCGUGUGACUUUACCCUGUUUUCACUCUGAUGACUAUGUAACUACUGUUUCAUGGACUAAACAUUCAUCUGGCAAGAAACCACUUCUUAUAGCAUAUUCAGAUUUCAACUCAGAAAGAGUUACAUAUCAAAAUGCCUUCAACAACACUAAUCGAUUCUUUAUCACAAUUGCAAGUGGCUGUUAUAAUUUAACUAUCCUUCACUUGGAGAAAGAAGAUUUUGCAAAUUACUAUUGUGUUAAGGAUUUCUUGAACAGGUUAAUGUUUGGAGAAGGAACGAUUCUGCUGCGCAAAGAAACUGACAGAAUUAGCAGCACGUCUGUUAUCCAGCAGCCUGUGUCUGACAGACUUCAUCCAGGAGAUUCAGUGACCCUGCAGUGUUCGGUCAGCAGUCACAUCUGUGCUGGACAUUACAGAGUCUACUGGUUUAAACACUCAUCAGGAUAUUCUCAACCAGGGAUCAUUUACACUCAUGAUAACCGGAGCGAUCAGUGUUUGAAAAGUUCAGAGAAGAGCUCUUUUGUUCAGAGUUGUGUUUAUAGUCUCUCUCAGACUGAACUCACUACAUCUGAUGCUGGAGUUUAUUACUGUGCCGUUGACACAUGUGGGAAGAUACACUUUGGAAAUGGGACCAAGUUGACUAUUGAAGCUUCCUUCUUUUGGAAUCCAGUUGCUGUCAUCCUGUUUACAAUAAGUGUAACAUCCAUUGUUGUGAACAUAGUUUUGGUGAUUCAAAAGAAUCGGAGAAAAGAAACUACAGAACAUCUCAGAAGCCAGAUAAAUCAGAUUGAAACAGAUGACCUAAAUUAUGCUGCCCUGCACUUUUCCAAAACAAAGCCAACCACCUCGAGAAGAUCUUCAAUGAAAACCAUCCAGGAAACCAUUUAUUCAGAGACCACAGUACAUUAG